GAACGAUUCCGGAAGCCGCUAAAGACUUCAAUUUCGCUCUGGAAAGCGACCAGUGUGUGUAUGAUAUGGUAUGGUAAGCAAAGCCGGGAAGUAUGAAUUUGACAGUAUGAUUGCAUUCUUCACUUGGAUGUUUUGCUGUCACAGUUGUUAUCGCUAAAAUACUUACAGACCUGAGGGCUGCCCUUGUGCUGUGGACCAGUGAUGGUUGGCUAUGACCCCAGCUCCCAGAGCAAGGCGCUGUCCCCCGAGGAGGCGGCAUUGGCGGGGUCUGCUGCUGGCAUGGUCACACGAGCCCUGAUCAGCCCCUUGGACGUAAUCAAGAUUCGAUUCCAGCUACAGAUAGAGCAGGUGUCAUCCAGGCAUCCGCAGGGAAAGUACUGGGGCCUGUGGCAGGCGUCCCGUUGCAUCCUGACUGAGGAGGGCCUCCCUGCCUUCUGGAAGGGCCACGUACCCGCCCAGCUGCUUUCUGUCUGCUACGGGGCAGUGCAGUUUGCUAGUUUCGAGUUUCUGACGGAGCUGGUGCACCACAGUACCCCCUACCACAGUCAGAUGGCGGGUGUACACUUUGUAUGUGGUGGUUUGGCAGCCUGUGCUGCCACCAUCGCCUGCCAACCGCUGGACACCCUGCGAACCCGCUUCGCUGCUCAGGGAGAGCCCAAGGUGUAUCACAGCCUGAGGCACGCCGUGUCCACGAUGUACUGUACAGAGGGUGCCCUGGCCUUUUAUCGGGGCCUCUCCCCCACCAUGAUCGCCGUCUUCCCCUAUGCUGGGCUGCAGUUUUUCUUCUAUAAUGUCCUCAAGAAUCGUCUGUGGCCUCAGCCCAGGGAGGGUGGCUCCACAGGAAACCUCCAGAACCUGUUGUGUGGCAGCUGCGCUGGCGUUGUGAGCAAGACCAUCACCUACCCCUUCGACCUCUUCAAGAAGAGGCUUCAAGUUGGCGGCUUCGAGGAGGCCAGGAUCCACUUUGGGCAGGUUCGGACGUAUCAUGGCUUCAUCAACUGCGUGGCUCGGAUCGCCAGGGAGGAGGGCCCACGUGGGUUCUUCAAAGGCCUGUCGCCAAGCCUGGCCAAGGCGGCCUUUUCCACCGGCUUCACCUUCUUCUGGUAUGAGCUCUUCUGUGGCAUCCUCAGCAGCGUGAAGGAGAGCCAGCGUGCGGCGUAGCAUAACACGAUGCAGCACAGUGCCCGAGGCACAGUCACGCACACGGGGGAUCACAUGCUCCACUCCAGUGACCCCUCUAGCCUACACACUCUCUCUCAGUUUACUCCAGGUGUUCCCUCUUCACAAAAAGGUCAAGACCCUCAGUGUCUCUUUAUUGCUUAGGUGCUCAUCUGAGUAUGUCAGUGUAGCUCUUCUGUUUCUACAGUGGGAAGUAGGCUUGUAACCAGGAGGUUACUAGCUCAUAUCCCAACUGCUGUUGCACCUUUGAGCAAGAAACAGAACCUGAAUACCUCUGCACGCAUUGAACUUUAUCAAUGAAAAACACAGCCUCGGGAAGGAAUCCUCCCUAUAGCUGUCUACUUUGCAAUUUCUCAACUUAACGUCUAUCCUGCCAUAUUAGUGUUGUGAGAGGCCUAAUAGUGCUUUGCCAGAGGCGAUGUCUUACAGCUCUUCUGUAGCUGGGGUGAUAAACCCUCUGCAAACCAUCUCAGAGGAAAAGACAUCCGUUAGGAUUUGGUUUUAUCCUGUGAGCAGAAAUCCUUCGGUCCUGUGAUGUCCAUUCAGUGCUAUUACAGUGUAGACAUACACAAGGGCGCUCAGGUGGAGGUAUAAAACUAGCUUGACUGCGAUGCUUGCUUGGCCCUUCCACCAGGGCCAAGUAAAACAGGCGUUACCUGCAGUGAACACAGGGACAGGUUACAAGAACAGUCAAUAGCUCACAGUAUAAUGAAGGAAUCUGCUGUGAAGAUUUUGGAAACAUUUUUUUUACUGUAGCCCCCUUGACAAAGACACUGAUCGGUCCAGCUCUACAGAGAGUCAGAUUCUAACCUCAGGAGACAGAGGGACUGUCCUCUGGUCCACUAAACACAUGUCUGAUGGCCAAGUAACUUCAUAAAAGGAUUAUUUAUCAGACUGCUGCUUCUUGCUGAAGGUUAAAAUUUAAGACACUGUUGUAAGUCAGCUUAGGAAGCAUUGUGUUUAAUUUUAGCUCGUGACAAUCUUUCCUCAAGGUAAGGAUUGCAAGAGGAUCAAGAAGUUCUGGUGAGGAUGUGUUCAAUUAUGCCGGUCUUUUCAUCUAUUUGUAUGAAGUACUGCAUGGUGGUUUGUUUUCAGGCAGAAGCAGACCAUUGAAUUUCAGUUAGUUUCCAUUCAGUUUCUGUGGCCAUCUUUGACACAUAGGACGUCACGUGCUAAAGGCUUUCAAUUGCUUUGUGCUAAGGUGGGAUGCUGUAUUGAGUUUGCCUCCUAGGAAAAUGAACAUAUGAUCAAAUGGACUGAGACACAGCUGAGUGAGCUUUUUACAUUGGACUUCACUUUCAAUCUUUAUUACGUUUUGUUACUAUUUAUGUCAUGGCAAAAACAUUUAUUAAGGGUAGCAAGUACUACCUGGCAUCUUUUAUGGUGAUUUUGUGGCAACCUGAGCGUGUCUAUGUAAAAGCAGACAUUAUAACAGAAGGUUUAGAAAUUGCGUUUUGAUUUUAAGACUACUCCAAGAUAAGAAAGGAAGCUGCUUAAAAAGCAUGACCAAGUCCUUAGCUUAAAACCCCUCCUCCCCUAACCAAAGGUUACAGUUCUGUGUCAACACAUGGGGCCAUAGGGAAGUCAUGGUUUGCCCUCUCAUGACAUACAGGUGAAAAACCAUCUUCUUUGAUACGAAAGCGGCCUGUUCUUGAGUUUGUGACCUUACAAAGGCAGUUUUCAUUGGAAGCUGUUAUGCUAUAAACGAGGAGACAGGAGUGUGGUCUGUGGGUAUGGAUGAGUGUGCAUGGUCCUCUCUUUUACUCCUAAUACCAUUCUAUUAAAAUCCAUUAUAUUUAAUUGUCAUUAACUGUGCUGUUUUUCAUAUUCUAAUAAUGGUGUGUAUAUGGAGCCUGAAUUUUACCCAUCCUUUACAGCACUCUAUAUAUAGUACAUAUACAAGGUGAAAAUUAAAUGUCUAUACUGUUGUGUUUAACAAAA